AUGCACGACACCCGCCGCUCCUCCCACUCGACGUAUACCCGGGACUGGAAAAAGAGCGUCCAGCAAGGCGGAGGGAUGGCCAAGAACAAGGACCACCCGUACUCGCACGACGAGUCGGGCAGAAGAGAGUCCAACGAGACAUACAUACCACAACCGCCCAAAAAGAGCUUUUUCCAAAGAAUCUUUGGCUGUACUUGCUUUGAACUGGACGUCCACCAAGACCCCGUCAGGCGAUAUCGCCCUACGGCCGAAAGUACCCAGCAAUCACCCCCACCCCCAUCUUACACCCAUGCCGAUCCCUUCCCUAUAGCCCCCCUGGGAUCCAAUCACAGGGCCACGGACUCGACGGCGUCUGUCAGUACGACACUGUCUGGACCUGCGCUGUCGAAUCUGCUGUUCAUCCCCAGGCAGGAGGACGAGGCGUUCAAGACGUAUGCACCGCCGAACGGGUCUUUUGCCGGGGGCACGACGGGCGGGGCAGGAGCAGGCGGUGGCUGA